CAGGCUCAUCCCAAUGUCAAUCAUGGAGAGUACCGUUGGAAAAAAUAGUCCAAGAUGGUCUCUCUCUGGAAUAACAGCUCUAGUCACCGGUGGAACUCGAGGAGUCGGGCAUGCAAUCGUGGAGGAACUAGCCGGACUAGGUGCAAUAGUGCACACAUUUUCAAGACAAGAAGCUGAGCUGAAUGAGCGCUUGGAAGAAUGGUCCUCCAAGGGAUUCAAAGUCACUGGUUCGGUCUGUGAUGCAUCUUCAAGAGAGCAAAGAAUGCAGCUCAUGGAAAAGGUUUCUUCUAUCUUCAAUGGGAAGCUCAAUAUCCUUGUGAAUAACGUUGGAACAUUUGUACGCAGGCCAGCUGAAGUAUACACUGCUGAAGAGUAUAAUUUGAUUGUUUCUACAAAUCUUGAAUCUUGUCACCAUUUCUCCCAACUCGCUUACCCCCUCCUGAAAGCUUCUGGGAUUGGAAACAUUGUUUUCCUGUCCUCCGUUGCAGGUCUGGUAAGUGUGAACUAUUCAUCCGUUUAUGCAAUGACAAAAGGUGCAAUGAAUCAACUCACAAAGAAUUUGGCUUGCGAGUGGGCUAAAGAUAACAUCCGGGUUAAUGCUGUUGCACCAUGGUACAUAAGAACCCCACUCGUGGAAGAGGUUCUGAAUGAAAGAGAAUACAGGGAGAGGGUAGAAUCAAGAACUCCUAUGAGGCGAGUUGGAGAGCCAGAAGAAGUUUCCUCUGUAGUUGCUUUCCUUUGUCUACCGGCUGCUUCCUAUAUCACUGGCCAAGUUAUAGCUGUGGAUGGAGGAAUGACUGUCAACGGAUUUGAAUAGGGGAAUAGGCCAUUUAUCUUAUCAAUGCAAAUGUUUAAUUUUCCAGCAAGAUUUUACAACUUUUUGUUGUUUUCCCCCAGUUAAUUCUAUUUCCAAUUGGGCAUGUAAAUUGUUAUUCGCAUAUUGUU